AAUAAUAAUAAUAAUAAUAAUAAUAAUAAUAAUAACAAUAAUAAUAACAACAACAGGCUUUAUAUGCCAAGAGAAAAAGGUGGAUAGGGUUUAAUAAGUUGUGAAUCUUGUGUCCAGAGCAAAGAUAGCAGUGUUGGAUGGUACGUUAGGAACAGUAGUGGGGGGCAGUUGCUGGAGACAGUGAAAGCAUCAGGAGUGGUAGAUGUAGAAGCUGCUGUAAAAGCAGACAAAAAAAAAUUAAAAAGGAAGCAGUAGAAGACAAGUGAAAUCUGGGAGUGAUAAGACAAUGCAUAGCCAGUUUUUGAGGCAGCUGGAAGAUGAGGGUGCUGACAUCAACGGAACAUGGAAUUUGCUAAAAAAAGCUGACCUUAAAUCCAGCACUAAAACUCUCAUCUGUGUGGCCUAAGAACAAGCCUUGAGGACGAAUUAUGUGAAGUUUCCAGUGGACAAGAGUAUGGAAUCUGCAUUGUGUAAAAUGCGUCAUGAGAGAGGUGAAAGUGUUAGCCAUGUCAUUAGUGAGUGUACCAAACUUGCGCAAACAGAGUAUACGAAGAGACAUGACAAUGUUGCCAGAAUGAUUCAUUGGGAAUUAUGGGGUGAGAACGGGAUGAACUGAGCAGAUAAAUGGUAUGAGCAUCAGCCCCAGAGUGUGUUGGAGACUGAUAAGAUUGAAGUGUUGUGGGAUUUAACAUACAAUGCCACCACAAAACAGAGGCUAGAAGACCAGAUAUUGUAAUUCUGGGGAAGGAGGAUAGAGUCUGUAAAAUAAUUGACAUUGCUGUACCAGUUGGCUGA